AUGAAUACGCGGCGAAACGGAGCGACGAAGAGAGCGCAGCGGAAGAAAAGACGAAUUUUGAGAGAUUCGAGGUUGUGGGAUUUGAUCGUGAAGAACGACGAUAUUUGUUUCACUCAUGUGCUUCCGAGAUUGAAUGGAACUGAUCUCAAAUUCUUGGACAGAGUGAAUGAUGAAACGAGAGCGUUGGUGAAGAGAUCCUCUCGCAAGGGGGAGUUGAAAAAGGGGUUUAAAGUCAAAGAGAUGUCCUCGAUAUCGACUUUGGAGAUUGCUUGGAAGAAUCGAUCGUUGUGGCCGAGAUGGUGGGACGAAAUAGAUUUCUGCUCGGGCGAACCAUGUUUCUGCUGGCAAGUUGCUAAAACGAAUAAACUCGAGUUACUCAAGUGGGCGCGAGAGGAGAAAAAUUGUGAUUGGGAUGAAUUGACGAUUAAUGCGGCCGCAAGACAAGGUAAUCUAGAAAUGGUAAAGUAUUGCUUUGCAAAUGAGUGUCCUAUUGAUGCGUGGGCGUGUACACGUGCUGCCGAAAAUGGUCAUCUCGAGUGCCUCAAAUACUUACACGAAGAAGUCAAAGCGCCUUGGAAUUCUUGGACUGCCGAAUGGGCGGCUAAAUAUGGUCAUCUCCACAUACUCGAAUAUCUUGUUGAGCGUAAGUAUGAUAAAUUUGACGAAAAGGCGUGUCGAAAUGCAGCCGAGAACGGCCACUUAGACUGUUUGCAGUACUUACACGAAACCGCCAAAGCGCCUUGGGACUCUGCGGCCGUACGAAAAGCGCACAAGAACAACCACCCCGAAUGUUUACAAUACCUCCUCGACAACAACUGUCCAUUACCAUCUGGUUGGUCUUACGAAGGUGGAAAACUAUACACAUCGCGCUAA